UCGCCUCCCGGACCCCUGAGGGGCCCCGGACCCCACUUUGAGGGAAUGCAUCAUGUCAGUGGGAAGUCCCCACUGGGAUAGAGGAAUAAACCCGAGUGUGUGUUUGAACUCUUCCUGGUUCAGCUGUUGUGUUGUCAUUUCAGUCUCCACGUCGACUCUUUGGUGUUCUUCAGUUUCACCUUCAGGACUGACUGCGGACUCGUCAUGCUGAUAAACCUCCAGCCGCAGAGCUGAAAAACACAAGUUCGCGAUGAUGUGUUAGUGUUUUAAAACUACCAGCGACUCCUCGGAUAUUUAGCUAACUGCUAGCUGUAGCAUCCCCUGUCGUUAACAGGUAUGUUUGCAUCCUGCUGUAACUGGUUGUGUAUGGACUCAGCUGAUGUUGAACCGGCAGGUGGAGGUGAGCGACGUCCUCAGUCCUACACUAACUCGGCCUUCAGCAGUCAGCCGUCUCCUCUUGCACCUGAACACACCUGUAAGGCCUGCGGGGGGCGAUUCGACACGCCUACCAAGAAGCAUGUGUGUGUGGACUGUAAGAAGAACUACUGCAGCCGCUGCUCCGCCCAGCUGGAGCCCCGCCCCCGCCUCUGUCACACCUGUCAGCGUUUCUACGGCAACCUGCUGCAGCGGGCGGAGCUGAUGAAGCUGAAGGUGAAGGAGCUGCGGGACUACCUGCACCUGCACGAGGUCUCCACCCACCUGUGCAGAGAGAAGGAGGAGCUGGUGGAGCUGGUCCUGGGUCAGCAGCCUUCACCAUCCAGCGGCCCCGCCCCCGAGACCCCGACCACUGAUCCCCCCUCUGUGACCUCUGAACCCCCUGACCCGACCCCUCACAUCUUCACCUUGACUCCUGACCCCCCAACCCCUGCUAUGACCCCGGACCCCCCAACCCCUGCUAUGACCCCUGACCCCCCAACCCCGGCUAUGACCCCUGACCCCCCCGCUGCACAACCUGAAGCCCCAGCCCCGCCCACAGAGACGUCCCCCGCCGAGGCUGACGUUCAGGACGAAGACCAGAACUGGGACCCGGAGGACUUCCCGGUUAUGGGUCGCAGGGCCUCGCUGUCGGACCUGAGCUGUCUGGACGACAUCGAGGCGCUCAGCGUGCGACAGCUGAAGGAAAUCCUCGCCAGGAACUUUGUCAACUACAAAGGCUGCUGUGAGAAGUGGGAGCUGAUGGAGAGGGUGAGCCGGCUGUACCAGGACCAGCAGAACCUGCUGGCUGCCAACGCUCUGAACGCUUCAGAGUCUGGCGACGGCGUUGGCGGCGGUCUUGAUGAGAACCUCUGUAAGAUCUGUAUGGACUCUCCCAUCGACUGCGUCCUGCUGGAGUGUGGUCACAUGAUCACCUGCACCAAGUGCGGCAAGAGGAUGAGCGAGUGCCCCGUCUGCCGCCAGUACGUCGUCCGAGCCGUUCACGUCUUCCGAUCCUGAGCGCAGGAUGGACCGACUCCAAAGCAAUAACCUGCAAAUAAGCGCUCCUGAGGGGCCGGGAAAUGUUUUUUAUUUUGCUAACUCUAUUUUUCUAGUGUAAAUAAGAUGUGCAGUAUGACGUAUGAAGAAUGUAAGACGCCUUCAGGCUGCAGAGCUGCUGUUUGAACACAAAACACUGAAUGUGCAGAUGGACUCUGGGAGGUGGCUCAUGUCUCUACACUUUGAACUUUAACCUUUAAAGUCAUCGCACAAGAAACCCUCCGUGCCUUCGCCACCUCUGUCGGUCGGUAAUAACAGCGAAGCGGGUCUGUAAUAACGGCACGAUCCAGCUGUGAGUCCGGAAGAUUUUGGGAAAGUUUUGGCGCAAAUCAACCAAAGAAAACGCGGCUCUACCUCGGCUGGUGAGCCUUUAACGUUCACAGACUGUUUUCAGUGCAGCCUUUACUCUGUUUACAGCCUGCAGUGGGUUUAGGAUCAACCAAAUGAAGUUAACACCUGUGAUAUCAUGGACAUGUGCGGUUAUUGACAUCCCACAAUGCAACACUCACAUAAGAGAGUUCCCACUCUGAAAUCGGCCUUAUCUUACUGUUUACUCUUCAAUUUCUGUGCAACAAACAUGUUCAUUAAACUGCCUUCUGGAUCAGAUUAUCAGCAGGAAAAUAACCUCUGAUCCCCACCCAACAAUGCACACUGAGCCCCGCCCCCAGCCUCAGGUGACUGGUGCUGCACCUGUCGCUCAGACGUGCAGGUGAGCGUCCUGUUAGCGCUGCUGUUUCACUCCUGAACUGAAAAGCGAUUCCAGAGCAGCUAUAAAUCCAUUAAAAACUGUAAAUGACCGGAUGAAGAACCAGAUCAGAGUGUUUUAGCUCCUAAACGACAACUCCCGUAUACAUUAUAUUUGUUAUUACAGUAAAUUUUGUUGUUGCAUACUUUACUUUUCCAAACCUAAGGUGUUCAUUUUCCUGUAGGGAUCUGGUCCCAACGUUGGACUCGAGAGAUAAACUUAUCCAGUUUAUACUUUUAAAAAAAAGCCUGAAAAUGAAUCUUUUGUCAUAACAAAGGUCGUCAACAAUUUUAUUUGUUUUGGUGACACAAUUAAAGGGUUAAAGUUAA